GGGAAGGACGCGGGUCUCCCGUGUGCGGCCCGCCGUUCCCGCUUGCGGCACGCGCGCGCGCGCGUGCGUCCGCUCGCCCGCCCGCCUGCGCCUCGUUCGUUCGUUCUGUUCGUUCUCCUCUCUCCGCGCGCGAGUAACGGCGCGACGUGACAGACAGUGGGAAACAGACGGGUAAAUAGGUCGUCGUGCGCGCCGCCGAGAGAGAGAGGGAGGGAGAGAGAGAGAGAGAGAGAGAGAGAGAUGACGACGGGGGUGAGACGACGUUCGUGUCGGUAAUCAUGCAAAACGGUCGGUUGCGCGCGAAACUCGCCGGAAACCGAAGACCGGAAGUGCUCCGCUCGUUCACUUCGCGGCUAGCGGCGGUAGACGGCGCGAAAUUCUCCGGUGAUAGCGGCUAAUAGAUAGACAGACAGCAGCUGUGCUACUCCUCUCCUCGGGAGAGACAGAUAAGUGGUGUGCACACCGCUCGUGGUCUGCGCGGGGAGACGCGAGAGAGCCGCCGGGCACCGUUCUUGAUGUUCUCGAGAUCGAUUUAGAUCCCGCGAUUUCGCGCGAAGAGGGAAACGCGCCGGGCUAGAGCGAGGAUAAGGAACAUCGCGCGCGUGGAAAUUAGACGGCUGAACCAGGAUGUCCGAGAUUGAUUGAUCGAUGUGCCGUGGUACUAGACUAGGUCAAGUGACUAAUUAACGCGAGCGAAAUUAACAGACGUAAACGGGGGAAGAAAGAGAGAGAGAGAGAGAGAGAGAGAGAUAUCAAGAUAGCCGUCGGAGGGUGACAAUUUUACGUCCGACGAUUUUACGUUCCUGUAGCCGCGUCGAGUCGUCCAACGAGGAAAAGAGAAAGAGAGAGAGGGAGAGAGAGAGAGAAUCAAUCGUCCACGAGAGAAAUCUCGCGCGAAUUGGCGAAUUCGCCGGCUCGGCAGGAUCAAUCGGGAGGAAGAGCGGAUUCGCGUGGUCGCACGAGGGAAAGUGUCAACAAAGAGAAGAUAAGCCGCGCCAGCUCGCCGGAGAACAGCAGGUGUGCGAGAGGCGCAGGAGAAGCGCGGCUUCUGUUAUCGAUCUCGCCGCUGCAGCAUGGCGCGGCCCGCUCGCACACGCCGGGCCGCGUCGGCCGCACGCGGACCCGCGGCGACUGGCUGUCGUCGUCGUCGGUGAGGGCGACCGGAGGUGAUGACUCGCUGAUUCCUCCGCGCGGAGAACGCGAAAACGUUGGGCCGACGAUGAGAACGGCGACGAGGAGGACGGCGAGGAUGACAAUGACGAUGAGAGUGACGAGGAAGAGGAGACCGACGAGGUCGGCGAUGACGACGGCGGUGCGCGCGACCGCACCGCGAACGCUCGGUCUUCCCGACGGAAUGAGACGGCAGGCCGAUCGAACGCCCGCGAGUUGCACGGCCCUCCCACGUCCGGCGGCCUCGCAGUGAGGAAGACGAAGACGCGACGCGGGGGAGAGAACCCGGAAAAAAACGCGUCGCAGAGACGCCGCGAGAGAGCUGGUGCACUGCGCGCGCGGCCGGGCGGUGUUUACGUUCGCGAGAGCGCGAGACGUGGACCCGCGAAAUCGGGAAAUCGAUCGGCUUUUCUCUCUCUCUCUCUCUCCCUCUUCCUCCCUCUCUCUCUCUCUCUCCCCGUCUCUUCCUCUCUUUCCAACCGCCUGUGGACGCGAUUCGGAUAGGGUCGCCGCGUUCAUUUCCCGCGCGCGUCCGUCGACGGGCGUUCGGAUUCGUUCAGGUGACACGCGCGCACCCGACGAGGAGGACUCUCUCGCUCUAAGAAGAGAGCGCGCGCGGCGGCGACUCACGACGACGACGACGACGACGAGGAGGAUCCUCGCGCACGUGUGAUCGGUGUUUACGUUCACGUGAGGAGGCGCGCGCGCGGUCGGUCGGUCAGUCGGGUCGAUUUUCGCGGGUCGUGCGCGUCGUUGACAGAAUUCGCGCGGCGCUCGGAGCGAGGAAGGAUGCGUCUCGGCGCCGGAAGGGAUAUACGCGCGGACACGGGGAUCUCGCGCGUGAGACGACCCGCUGCUGAUCGAGUCUGAUAUCUCUCGCUCGCUCGCACCACCAUGAGACGCGUCUCGACGGCGAUCUCGGGGAAAACGUCGAAGGAAAAUCGAAGCGACACGAGCGGAGGAGGAGAGGGUGCGGAAGGAGGUCCGUCAGGCGGGAUAUCGAAGUUCGGGACCGGUUCGAGGCAGAUUCGAGUCCGGCAAUUCGAUGCGCGACGACGGGGGAGCGUAGCGUGAGAGAGAGAGAGAGAGAGAGAGUGAGAGAGUACGCGUCUCUCUCGCGCGUCUCCAGUAGAGCGGAUCCCGCAGACUGAUCGGUCGCGAGGCCGCAGCGCAGAGAUGGACUGCUGCAAUUACGUCGAGGCUUACUCGGCAGGUGGUCACUUUUACCAGCAGCAGCAGCAGCAGCAGCAGCAACAACAGUACUUCUGUUACGACAAUGGUAACGCGGCGUACGCCGGCUACGAUGCCGCGCCGAUCUCCAACGCGAUCGAGAUCAACGCUCGAUACAACGGGGCGAUACCGGCCACCUAUCCGACAGAUUACGUGUACAAUCCGAAGGAAGCGAGGCUGCGGAAAGCGAUGCGCGAACAGAGCCGCGAGCAGAGCCGCGAACGUUCGCGGCGUUCGAUCCUGCAGAGCGCGAUCGCGAUCGCGAACGCCCGGACGGCCGCGAUCGGCGGCCCACCCGCCGCCGUCACCGCAUCGCUGGCUGGCGGCUUUCUGAACCAGCAUCAUCGCACCUUCGACUGCGUGCCAGCGGCGUCCGUCCCGAUCGGCCCUCCUCAUCGCGCGGCCGAGGCCUGGUUCGCGGCGCAUCGCCCCAAGCCGGUCCAUUCGCCGCGAAUCGGCGAUUGGUACGUGGACGGCGAUCCCAUUGAGAGGCUGCAGGCGAUGGGCACGAUGCACCAGCAACGCGGCCUCGACAAGACCUCGAUCAAGGAGCAAAGGAGUCAGGAGUGCGCCACGGCGUUCUCCCCCAACGGCCACACGCCGACGGACUUCGCCGUUACCGAGAGGGAGAUUCGCAGGCAGGAGUCCGCGGCGGAAUACGCCGACUUCGUCGACGGCCAGAAGUGGCACCCUUAUCAAAAUAGCGCGAGCCCUCAUCCACAUCCAAGGACGCCUCAUCCGUCACCACAAAUGGCCGGCAUCCUUCAGCCGAAUGUUCAGAACGCGCACGGGCACACACACGGUCCGUGGGGCCAAUUUUGUCACGGUAUGCUGCCGCACGUUUCCGCAAUGACUCGCAACGCGGCGAUUCGGGGCCCGCGGCACGCCGUUUUCCUGCGGGAUCGACCGGCGAGCAGGCACUGCGCAUUCACGGAGGAUGCGUCGCGGAUGGGCUACGCUCCGAGCAAGUUGGACGUCGAGAGCAUUCGCGCGUCAUAUCCGCCGGCGGAGCACCAGAUGCCGAGGCUGUUAGAGUCAGCGGUGGAUACCGUUAUAGACUCGACGACGGCGAUGAAUCGCCGCGAGGAGGACGCCGGGACCAGAUGGGAGCCGGGUACCGUCACCACUGAGAUGUCUCUGGAUGAACUCGUGCCAACUUCCAUGCCGCAGGAAGGGGCGCUCGCUCGCGAGAAGGAGCGCCAGUCUUGGCAGACGAGCGAGCGUUUCGAGCCGAAGAAGAAGCCGGUCGCGAAGCAGCCGCUUCCGGGUUUUCACCAGGCCUUCGGCUCCACGGAGAUCGGCAGGUUCUCCAGGUCGGAGUUCUUCGUGAACAUGGUGGGCGAGAAUGGCGGCGGCGGCGGCGGUAGCGGCGGCGCUAGUGGAGGCGACAUCGGCGAGGCGGACAGCGGCGACGUAAGUAGGGAACGACUGCCGCUGUUGGACACGGCGGGAAACGCCGCGACGGCUGCCGAGCCGACCGCCGCGACCGCUUCCGCGUCUUCCACCACGGCGGCGACCGCGACGGCCACCGCAAACGCCGGAAGGACAUUCGACCCCGAGGACCAGGCGACAUUCGCCGUCGGCGACGGCGUCGUCGGCGCGUCGUACUGCAGACAGCCGGCGACGAUGCCGCGAUGGCACAGUCCACACGUAGGUGCUAUAGGUAGCGAAAUUUAAGCGAGUCCGUCUGCGCGCACGGAAAACUAAUUAGUAUCAAUUAAAAACUUAUAUAUUCAUCUAUAAAUAAAACAUAUAAUUUUAUGUGAAGUA